AUGUUUGGCACAAUCCGAUACGACAAGAACACUGAUAGUCGUGAGCAUGUGGAGCUCCAAAGAGCAGAUGGCAUUGAGGCCAGAGGUUAUACCCCGAUUGCCUGUGACCGCUGUCGUUCGCGAAAGCUGAAAUGCAGCGGCGACAAAGGUGGCUGUGGAAGAUGCCGGACUGCCUCGGUCGCCUGCACCUAUCGAGAUGUCUUGUCGAUCAAGGACAGCAGGAGAAUGUCCAAACGGGUGUGCACUUCGAACAACCAGUUGCCAACUCCGAGCCCACGUCACACUUCCAGCCGCAGCCAACCACAGCCCUUGAGCACAGAGGUGGACCAAGAGCGUCCUCAAAGUACGUCAGACUCUGAGCCGUUAAAUUGGCUAUCCUCCUCCUCCUCCGAGGCAUUUACUGAAUCGCCCAACACGUGGGUGAGCUCGUUCUUGCCAAUGCAACCUACGUUCUCUGCAAUGAUAGAUGAUCAUGCAACUCGCGGACAUGAUAUAUCAUGUGGGCUGUCUGGGGUUCCGGAAAGCAAUGAUCCCUCGUCGACAGACGUGGAGAAUAUCUUUGACGCAGUCCUCGAUACGGAGACAACCUACCACCACACAAACGUCCCGCCUCAGCCAGCCCGGCUUAACCAAAAUACUCAAGAGAGACGGGCAGGACGGGCCUCGCUACCAGGAGAUAAUCUGCCAUCCGCUGUUGGCACUGACCAGGGAAUUUCCUCAAAAUGUGAAUGCCUCAGCGACGUGGCUCGGUUCCUGGACGACAUUGGCGUAGAAUCGACAGAGGCGAGAGCUGACAUGCUCCUAGUGUGCGUGAGUCGAGGGAUGCGGAUCUGUGGGGAGGCGCUUCGUUGUUCGGACUGUAGUGUCCGUGGGGACAAUGGCAUGUUUCUCGCUGUUGUCUUACAACAGCUCGUGACCCUGACGCGUACCGCGUCAGACAAACUUCUGGCUUGGACAUGCGAAAAUAGGAACUGUCAGGGAUCCGCUGCCGACAUCCACAGUCCCACCAUUUGGCUCGACCAGUACAGAAUCGAAAUGCCGGAUCUUAAGGUCCCGCUUAUUCGCCACGUCGCCUUGUUGCACUUGUUCAGUUUGCGAGAUCUAUCGAACGGCAUCAAGGAUAAAGUUAGGCCAAACAGUCUGGCGGGGCACCUAAUUACGGAUUGCGAAAGCAAUAUUGUUGAUGCCCUCCAGAUGGUUCAAGACAAGGCAUCAAAUGCGAUGCCUAUGGCUUCUGCGUUUUAG